AAUUAUAGAUGAGAUCGAAUUUAAUACCUCUUAUGGAGUGAAAAGUUUUGAAGUUUCAAUUUCAACAUGGCAAAAUAAGAAAAAUAAAAAUCAAAAGAGGAUGUUAUUUGUUAUAUUCAAAGCUAAGUAAAAUGUGGGGCCCAAUGGACUGUGGGCCUCUGGGGAUUUGGCCCAUAAACUAAGAAUUGGGCUUUACAAGACCCUAAGCCCAUUAAAUCCUUCUUCGUUAUUGGUUGAUGCCCAUUUUGCCACUCUCCUCCUCUGCGGAAACCCUAAUCCAAAUGCUAGCUCUUCGCAGGCUCAACAACAAUUGCAUACUCUCGCUGCCGAUUUACAAUGUGGCUGCCCGUUGCUUCAGCACCCAAAGCCCCAAUUCCAACCUUAACGCAAUUCUAUCCAUCGCCGAGUUCGACGAUCUAAUCAACGCCGCCGGCCGCAAACGAGACUUCGCCGCCGUGCGCCACCUUCUGUCGAGGCGCAUGAGCGAUGGACUCCUAAACACCAACAAUACUUUCCAGUUCAUCGCCAUAGAUCCCUCCGUGCUUGACGAGCUCCUGCAAAGUCUCGGCGUCAUCGAUGAUUGGUUCACCAGAAAACACGCGCACGACGCGGUGGUGGCUCAGCUCGCGAGAUUGUACCGCACGACGGAUGCCCUGCGUGUGGCGGAGACCAUGGCGAGGAAGAAGUACGGAGCUACGGCAGUUACGUUUCACCCCAUACUUAACGCGCUAGCGAGGAAGAAGGAGAUGUCCGCCGCUUGGCGGGUGUUGGAUGUGAUGCACGCGUGCAACGUCCGCCCUGCCUUGACAUCGUAUAAUUACAUCAUAUCGGCGCACUGCUCUGUCGGGGACGUGGCUUCCGCCGCGGAGGCGUUGGUGAAAAUGGAAGCAGAAGGGAUGAGGCCUGACUCGAUGACGUACGA